UCAUAGUAACUUUACAAUAGUAAAGCAACACUAUGCCACAAGAAACUUGUAAGAGACAUCUAUUUGGACAAAUUUGGGAAAAAAGUUGAACAGGAUGUGCUGAAAGCAAAUUAUGUACUGAAAGGUAAACCAAUGUGGACAGGUGCAUUCACAUAGCUAACUUAUCAAAGAUUUAAAGAACUCAGGACUUGUAGGUUGGCCUAAUACAAACCCCUAAAAGUACAUGAACAAAAUAGAAGAAAGAAGGGGAGGGAACAAGAAUACUAUUAUGUCCAGAUUCAAGGUUCUUGCAGUGACAAUUCCAAAUAAAUGCAGUGUCUAAGCUUGUAAGUGGUUGCAAUCCAACUUAGUGGUUCCCAAAAGGCAACAAGGGAAGCUUUUUCCCCUGUUGACAGGACAAGAGGUAUCAGAUACUCGAGUUGAGAGACAUUGUCCUUUUGCAUAUACAACUAAAUCGAAGAGAUGAUCCAGGUAAGAUAAAAGAAAGACAAUAAGGUCCCAAGGGAAGUAACUGAGCCUCUGUCCCUUGCAGAUAUAUGUGCCUGUAGGUCUAUAAGUUUCCUGUAGUGCAGAGAUGCUAUUAAAUGAGACUAGAGCAAGUGGCACAGUUUAAAAGAUCUAAGCUGUUUCACUUUUCUUUCUUUUGGAGGAUAACCUUAUCCUCAUGACUUGAUGUCCCUUUACAAGGUCUACCUUGUAGACAUACCAAGAUAGAGAAUAAGCAUUAGAGCAAUUCUACAUAGAGUGCAUGAAUCAAUGCACUUAUUUGUUCUUUUUUUUUUUUUUUUUUUCUGUUUGUUGGUAUUAUCUAUAUUUCUUGUCUAUUUUUAACACCAAAAAAUUGGUAAGCAUGUGGGUGUGUAUGUGGGUAUGUGUGUGUUCUUAUUUACACUUGGGAUUUCGGCUCGCUUAAUUUUUUUUUAUAGGAAGUUUUAUCUCUCUCUCUCUCUCUCUCUCUCUCAGCUUUGUUUUCUGCUUUUAUUUGCUAUUAUUAUCUUGCUUCAUUACUUCAGAGGGCUUCCUCUUGUCGUGGUCUAUAUUAAUUUGUUGCAUUCUCUUGGAUUUUCCAUAAGGAAGUAGCUAGAUUAGAGGGGUAACUAAGAUCUCUGGCCCUCAAGUAAUUGGGACAUUAUGGGUCAUUGUUGUUGUUGUUGUUGUUGUAUUUCUUCUAAUAGAAACCUCUGGUUAAAUAUGUUACAGUUGACAUAAAAUAUUUUGUUGUCGUUUGUUAAGAAAAUAUGCAAAUCGGGAAUCCAUAAGAAAUAAAGGAACUCUUUUUCCUCUUUGGGUUGCAUCCUUUAUUUGAUUUGGCUUCGAGUGAUGAUCUCUUAAAAAAAAGAAAGAACUUCUAGUGUAUUACAAUUUAGAAUCAAAGAGUAAGACAUUUAAGCAAUUUAGUUCCAUGAACACAGUCAUUUCUAGCUUAGCAGUCAUGUCUACAUUUAGAAUAAGGAAAGUCUGAGUUAUCAAAACAAUAAUCAAUUUUGAUGAAACACCAAAGAUGGAGAAUAUAAGAAUAUUCAUGUUAGUAAAUAAAACAAUCUCCUGAUGGGAUGGGUGUCAUCAUUUUUAUUCUUUUUUUGAGAACUAUUUAGUUGUAUAGAGUAGGUGAAAAAGAGAUGCAUACUGGAAAUUCAUUAUGAUAGCAUAUUUCUAUAAAUCUUGUUCACUGUUGGAAAUGAUUGGUCUCUCCUGUAUUCCAAUCCAUCAGAAGUUAUUUUCCCCUUUUAAAUAGCCUGUGCAAGCAAUUCUACACAUUCUGAGGGCAAAAAGUUAAAGCUGCAAUAGGAGGAAAUAGCACUUUUGGCAACUUGUCUAUUCAUGAUGAGGAUCCUAAGGGAUGAAAAAUCCAAAGCUCCCCAUGUCACCUUGCCUUAUCCACUUUGGAAUAUUCUGGAUCUUCUUGUCUCUAGUUAUAUGAUUGAAGUAGAAGGGCAGAAGAAGGAGAAAAGGAGUGAAAAAAUAGGGUUCUUAUGCCCCACAUAACAUGGCACACCCGAAAUGGAAAAUCCAUGUUCAUGAACUUGAGAUAGAUAAACUAAAAACCAAUUGGAUCAUGUUCAGAACCUUCACUUUCAACUAGGGUUGUGGGAAUCCAUGGGCUCUAUACAGAAGCUUCCUGUUCUUCCCUCCUUGUAUGGAGAUUAAUUCCCAGAAAAAUAGAUUAUGGAACCUACCAUUAAUAAUAAUUGUCUGUUUUUUUAUUCUAGUCAGAUGGUCUUCUUGUUGAAGAUAGGGAGGUGAGAAAGCUCCUCCACUUCAGAUACCGAUUGUCCUAACAUAAAUUGGUUGACCUCUCCAAUGGGCCAGCUACCAGAAACUGAAAUUAGAUGCCUGUCACAAUUAGAGUUAUCAGUGGUGGUGACACUGAUUUCAUGAGUGACAACAAAUGGAUGUGGUGAUGAGCUUUUAUUUCCAGCUCCAGGUUUCUUAUCCACUUAAGAGAUAUCACAAGGGUCUUCCCAAUAGAGAGACCACUUAAAUCUGGUAGGCCUUGUGUAGCCUACUAAUUCCAGAAGCAUAUCAUCUUGACAUCAAUUGGCUCUCCCUCUCAGCUCCUUGUUUCAAUAAAUCAUACACAAAAUUGGUCCUCUGGGUAAGGAAAAGAAUAGAAAAUUGAAGGGAGGAAGCCAAAUCAAGCCCAAGCUGAGCCAGCCAAUUUAAAGGGUUAAUUUUGACCAAUUUUGACCUUAUUCAAAACAAACCCACUGCCGUCCUCGAUAAAUGCCAACCUCAGCUCCCUCCGAUCUCCCAACACGAGAGCGCAAAAGUCUCUCCUUUCGGAGUCUCAAAACUCUUCUCGAGGGAGAAAGAAGGAGAGCAAAGCAAACCACAUGGGCCUUCUCGACCAGCUGUGGGACGACACCAUCGCCGGCCCCCCGCCCCUCCGCAAGCUCCGCAAGUACAACUCCUUCUCCUCCUCCUCCUCCGCCGCCGCCGCCGCUACCGCUGCCGCUGCCGGCCAGGUCAGCCGCAGCAUCACCAUCCUCCGCACCCCGGCCUCCUCCCCCCGCUCCCCCUCCUCGCCGACCAGCGCCCCCGACUCCCCCGUCGCGCCUCCGGGGCCGAGAGGAGACUGGAAGAGGCUGCAGAGGAAGUCGGUGCCGGCGGCGGAGGGAAUGCAGACGGUCGAGUCCAGGAACCCCACCGUCUACGACUGGGUGGUGAUAAGUUCCCUGGAGAAGUGACCCUAAUCUGAAAUGGAGGAGAGGAAAUCAAAACAUCAAAUGAAGCAAACAAAAGAGUUGCAGUCAGCUUGUGUUUCUUCAUCUGUAUGUAGGAUGUAGAAUUGUGUAGCUGGAAAUGAAGCUACCAAGGGAGAGAGGACAAGGAUAGUUAUGUAGCAAGUAUUCAUGUAUUCUGACCAUGUCACACUGGUUUUUUAUUUUUAAUUUUUUUUUACCUUCUCCCCAUAUUUUUUUUCUUUUUUCUUUGUAAUUUUUAUGUUAUUUCCCAUGUAAAUUGGUGGGUGGUGAUGUAACAUGCAAUUCAAUGCAUGUUAUCCAUAUAUGGCUAAUAUGGAUAUCCAUAUGUAUCUUA